AUGGAUCCCAAAGAACACAGGCUUAACAAUUUAGUAUAAACCUUUUUUUUCGAGAUAGCCUAUCUAUCCUUGGAAUCAAAUAAUUUGAUAGUCCUCCAGUUUAUAUCCAACUUUAUACUAACUUUCGGCGAUAGAUAAGAAUAAUUGAGUAAAUAGGGUAUUUAGCGUUAAAGGUUGGAGGGAAUAUAUUAGCAAGAAGAAAUUUAACAAAAGUAAAUCUUUGGUUUAAACUAAUUUUUAUAUUUUAAUUCUUUUGAUAUUCUCGAUAAAUAAAGAUGCAUAACAAAAAUUAUGGUGAAAUCUAGAGUUCGUGUCCAACUAUUCAAGACCAUUGCAUCUGAAUUGAAAACUCCUAACCAAAACUUUCUAUGCUGGGCUCACAUUUAUUAAUCUUUAAUGAGUUGUACCAUAUUUGUCUUUGAGAUAAAGCUUAAAAUGUUAUUUAUCAACUUUGAACUACUAGGUUUAGCUAAUUCUUGCUGUGAUGAUUAUAGUUUAUCAUAGGACAGCAAAUAGGUUUCUUUGACUAAGAAUUUUUAUUCCCUUUGGAUUGAAACAAAAUUCAAAAAUCAUAUGAUUAUGUAAAAGAAUUUUUAAUAAUAGAAUACUAUUUCAUACAGACAGAAAUAAAAUGAAUAAUACACGCUUGAUUCCUCAAGAUUUCUAUUUUUUAAGCUUGGAAAUUAUUAGGGAAUUCAAAUGUUGACAAAGGUUGUUCAAUUUCAAUUUUAAUAUGCAAAUAAAGUUCGAGCCUGUAUCAAUACAAAACAGCAUCUUAAUUUAUCAUGGCUUUGGCUAUGGUCAUAUAAGCAGCUGAUUUUACACUCAAAGAUAAUAAUUUAGUACAAUUUAUAAUAAAAAUCAAUUCCCAAGUGGCGAAAAAGCGGAAUUCAUGAAUUAUAAUGUUAUUGA